CACGUGAUGAAAAAGUUCAAGUUCCCUUUGAAUAAAAAAAAAAAUUGGCGACGCAGUAUUAACGUCCUUGACAGCGCCAUGUCUUCCGAAGUCACUCCAGUGCCUGCCGCAUCGGCUGAAGCUCCAGCUCCUGCUACCAAGGAUAAAAAGUCAAGUGGAACAGACAAACAGAAAUUGGACAAGUCAGGCGCGGAAAAAGCCGCCAAGAAGAAAAAGAGAGAUCGCCAAAGGAAAAAGGCGAAACGUGCCAAUCGCAAAAACGUGCUCAAAACAAAGGUCGUCGUUCGAAGACUGCCCCCCAACUUGCCAGAGGAGACAUUUAUGAAUGCCGUCAAGGCUUGGACCGGCGAUGACGUUGUCGAUUACAAAUAUUAUGUUCCUGGCAAAAUCAGCAAAAGCAAAGCGAAGCAACAUGUGUAUUCUCGAGCAUACUUCCACAUGAAGUCCAUGGAAGCUGUUAUUGAAUUCCAUCGCGGAUUUGACGGGCAUAUAUUUCUCGACAAUACAGGAAACGAAAGCAGGGCGGUCGUGGAAUUUGCUCCCUUCCAGAAGCUCCCCAAGGAACACAAGGCACCGGAUACUAGGCAAGGCACCAUUGAUAACGAUAGCGAUUAUUUGAAUUUCCUGGAGGCUUUGGAAGCCGAAAAAGCCAAACCAGCCGAGGUGGCCGCCGAUGUGAGCGAAGGUGGAUCGCAGAUCGAACGCUUAGAGAACAAGUUGGCCAUGGUGUCUGCUCAAGCAUUAGCAGCCGAGCGUGCGAAUAAGCCAACGACGACGCCACUGCUUGAACAUUUACGAGCGCAAAAGGCAGCCCAAGCAGCAGCGAAAGCGAAAGCCCAGGCGGCCAAAAGUGCGGCGAAGAAGGUCCUCAAAUCGAAAGGAGCUCAGUCAACAUCUUCAGGCAGAAAUUCUGCCGCCUCCAACGCGCCCAAUGCUUCGCCCUCGGAAACGAAUAAAAAGUCAAAUCGCAGGGAACGGAAAAAGAAGAAAGAGGAAAAGAAAGGUCCCGCAGGGACCCCCGAGCAACCAACGACAGAAAAAAAGGCUUCAGGCACUAAAUCAGAAAAGACAGGCUCCAGCAGCAGCCGAUCGAAAAAAGAAGGUCGAAAACGGUCUUCCAAAAACAAAGAAGGAGCUGCCUCACAACAAACCAGCGGUAGUAAAAACCGAUCGGAAAAUGGUCGAGCCAAACCACCGGUGGUCAAGAUCCUCGGUCGUCCCAGCACCAACACUGAAGCAUCGCAAAGUCCAAACGAACCUUCGUCAUCCAAACGGUCUGGCUAAAACGAAUGAAGCGUAUCGUACCAUUAUUCACUCGCAUUCCUUUCUUGUCGAUCCUAUAUCGAGGAAAGGCUUUUGUCGAAAGCUUUUUCGAAUCCUACGUUUCGGCGCUGACAGUAUUUUUUUUUGUACUGUUAUCCCCAUCGGGUUAUUCACGGGAAUAAUCACUGAUGAUAUGCGGAUAUUUCACAGGUCCACUAGUGUGUGUAUAGGGAUUUGCUUCCUGCCAUCGGAAUGUAGAUCUUGAAUAAACUAAAAAUGUCAUGCACUUGUAAGAUAACAGCAAG